AAACAUUCAAAUCAUCAAACCAACUAUUCAGCAAUCUAAAUACCAGAGUACCAAUUCAUCAUCACAAAAAAAGACAAACAUAGUUUUUAGAAGUAAGAAGAAAUUAAAUAAAAAUGAGUUCAAGCAGGAGAGCAUGGAUAGUAGCAGCCAGUGUUGGAGCAGUAGAAGCUUUAAAAGAUCAGGUUGGAUUGUGCAGAUGGGAUUAUCCAUUGAAGUGUUUGGCACAGCACACAAAGAAUAACAUGAGAUGUUACUCUCAAGCUAAAAAACUUUCAUCUUCACUUAUUGCAAAGUGUGAAAAGACAGAGCAAUCUGAAGAAUCUCUGAGAAAAGUUAUGUAUUUGAGCUGUUGGGGUCCAAAUUGAACAUUUUAGCAUAGUGGUAAAUGAGACAGAAAAAGAAAAGUGUAAAUAGGACAAAGAUUGUACUAGUUGAAGGGCAUGCCAUUUUAAAGAUAAGCAUGUAUCUGUAAUCUUAUGUGAUACUAUAUGAAUAGAGUUGUUAUUUUGGUGAAAUUGAUACAUUAAUAGAUCAACUAAUUGCA